UGUGUAGAUUUGUAAUUACAAAUUAAUUAAAUGACAUUAAAUGCACAAGUAAACUGAGGUUGUUAAGAUAAAGUUAGAUUUUUCAAAGCUGGUCUGUUUGAUCAGUCGUCUUUUUGUUUACAAAGUCAAUUUUUAAUGGUCUUCAUUGUUGUUUUCUGUGUGAGAUCUGAUACACACAAGAAUCACAUUCAAGUUUAUUUCUCCAGAAGGUUCAAAACUAAAAAUUCUCACUGUGUGUAGUUUUGUUUGUUAAUGGACAUUUGGUCAGAAAACACACAGACUGUGUGCAAUUUCAAACAUGUCUCAUAAAUACAUCCCAUUAUCCAUUACCUAGCAAGAAUCUGACUGGUUGAGAGCAGCAGUCAUAGAAAAUGUUCCUGCUUCUUCUGGCCAUCAAUUCCUCAAAAAUGGUUUAAAACUAUCUGCUGCAGGCAAGCUGUUAAAUGAAUUGAAAGAGAGUUGCUCAUGUAUGAAAGCGGACGUGACUGAUCGAUCGUUAAUCUGGAUAAUAAUUAUUGACAGAUGGAGAGUUGCUCCAGAGGGAGCCACCACAAUUUUACCUUGAAAUGGUUACAUUCUGUCAUCUGAACAUUUAUGAAACCAUCUUUUAUUUUCCAGAGAAGACAGAAAGUAAUCCAGAGUGAUGCGAGGGUGAGUAAAUAUGACAAUUUUGGGGUUUGCUUUUCUUUCAGUAAUUCAUUAAUUCCCACGUAACAGCGUCUGUGAUGUAAAUGAUUGAAGGGUCUACAUGCCAUCACACUUAAAGCUACGUCAGGACAGUUAUGAGUUGGAUUGACUGAUUGGUCUGAAAGACCUGCAGGCCUUUUUCGCAUUGAUUCUGUUCAGCAGCUUAUGAAGUUUGCCGUGAUCUAGAUUUUUCGAACACAAUUAGGUUUAUAAAAGUGACAAUUUCAUUCGUUACAUUAGGUCAUUCUUCAAUGUUUUAAUGUACAGUGUUUGUCCCUCCCCCAUGUAGAUUUCUAUAUCGAUAGAUAACGUUCCAAAUCUCAGUUGUAAUUCAAAUGUGGCACAUGCAGCCAGUGACACGUGGCUGCACAGUUUUUUCUCCUAGCUGUAACGUGCGGCUCCCCACAGCCCGGCCCAGAAUUGUAUCGAUCGUUUGUGGUUUUGAACAUCCAGCUAACCUCUCUCUCCCCAUGUAGAGUUGUGAUGUCCAUGUGAAGAUGGGAGACUGGAACUUCUUGGGAGGACUUCUAGAGGAGGUGCACAUCCACUCCACCAUGGUGGGAAAGAUCUGGCUCACCAUCCUCUUUAUCUUCCGCAUGCUUGUGCUGGGCGUUGCUGCCGAAGACGUCUGGAAUGACGAGCAGUCCGACUUCAUCUGUAACACGGAGCAGCCCGGCUGCCACAACGUCUGCUAUGACCGCGCCUUCCCCAUCUCACUGAUCCGCUAUUGGGUUCUGCAGGUCAUUUUUGUUUCCUCGCCCUCCUUGGUUUACAUGGGUCAUGCCAUUUACCAGCUGCGUGCCCUGGAAAAGGAUCGUCACUGCAAGAGAGUGGCUCUCAGGAGAGAGCUGGAGACAGUGGACGCAGAGCAGGGGGAAACUCGCAGGCGCAUCGAGAGGGAUCUGCGACAGCUGGAGCAGGGGAAGCUCAACAAAGCCCCGCUUAGGGGCUCGCUGCUGCUGCUGACCUACGUGGCACACGUUGUAACCCGUUCGGUGGUAGAAGUGGGCUUCAUGAUGGGCCAGUACCUGCUGUACGGUCAUCACCUAGAGCCUUUAUACAAGUGCGAGGGAACGUGCCCCAACGUGGUGGAUUGUUUCGUCUCUCGACCCACGGAGAAGAGCGUGUUCAUGGUGUUCAUGCAGGGUAUCGCGCUGUUCCUCAGCCUGCUGGAGAUUCUGCAUCUAGAAUAUAAAAAACUGAAGAAGGGAAUUCUGGAUUACUAUCCUCACCUGAAAGAUGACUUGGGUGACUAUUAUGGUAACAGGUCCAAGAGGAACUCUGUCGUACAUCACGGACGUAAAGCCACCAUACCGAUGGUUCCCAGCGGAUUCACGCUCCUGGAGAAACAGGGCAAUGGACCCACGUUCCCCCCACUCAUAAACCCUUUAUCUGCUUUUGUGCCAAUCCAGGGUCACCCUGCACCAUCGGGACUGGAUAUUCGGAGGGAGAACAAGGACAUUGUCCCAAGUCCUCUGGAAAAUAACAGCAAUUCCAACCAUACGGGCAGCGAGACUCGCUCUCCACUUGUGCACAAACAUGACCGUGAUCCAAAGCGGUUCACGUCUGUCUCGCAGCGCCCAUUGUCCAACAGCUCAGAUUUCUCCACCCUUCCAGUAACAGACACCAUUUCUUGCCCGGUGAUGCUGCGCAAGCCCCGGAGAUUCAGCCCACCCUGGAACUGCAGCACUGUUAUGGAGGGGAAUGGUUCGGACAGCGGAGACUCUAACAGUGAGACAGCAAACCAUGGAAUGAGGACUCGAUGCGGCAGAGCAGUUUCUGAGACGCACGACUCACGACACCACAGUUCAGUAGAAAGUCCAACAUUCUCGCCCAACCAACGAACAUCAUUUGCAAGCAGCAACAGCAGCAGGCGAGCUGCCAAUGACCUGCUGAUAUGAAACAGGCGUUCUGUUCAAUCCUUUCAAAGGCAUUGAUUGACAUCAGAAAUAUAUUGAUUAAAAUAGUUUGUGUAAGCCUGUUUUGCUAAAUCAGAAUCAUCUGACGUGUUAAAUACUUGACCUGAAAUUGUUGUCAUCUUUUUACACUAGACCUUUGUAGCGAUCAAAUAUUAGCCUUUAUGAUGAAGAAUUAUUGACCCAACAGACAUAUCUGUUCAUAUUAAUGUGUGUAGUGCUCUGUGCUGAACUUUUAUCAGCAUUUAAAUGUGUGUGGGGGUCGUGUGUGCCAUCAAUAAAACAUUUGAUUUUUGUGAAAUUUUAAAUAAAAGAUGACAAUAAAAAGCAAUGCAUUUUUUUACAUCUUCCAUUUGUCAAGUCAUGUGACUUGAUGUUUUGAGUAUGAAAAUGAUAAUAUAUUACAUAAUAUAUUGAAUAAUUUCAGCAGCCACUGUGAAUAUAGCACAGAGACGCUCAGUGUACAAAAUAUAUGUAUGUAGUGUGUGAGCAUAUACUGUAU